UAAAACAUUUUGGGCAGUUUUUUUUUACUCUUUAAAAUAUUUGGCAACUUUUGUCCUAAGAUUUUUGGCAAUUUUGAAAAGGAGGAGUCUGCACAGGACACUUGUCUGUCUGGUGGAGGGUCAUGUGACUAAAUGAUCGAGGUAAAUAUAAAUAGAUAUAGAGAUAAAUAUGAGCUGAGAGUCGCUGUGAACAAAUGAAAUCAUGAUUAAGUUUAUCAGUUCAGCAGCUUCACAAUCAUCAGAAAAUGAACAAUACAGAGAAAAAACGUUAGUUUCGUUUCCUGGUUCAGACCCGUCAUGUCUCGUCUGUCCUCUGUCUGUCCUCCACCUGUCCUCUCCUGCUUCUUCAUGAUAAACACUAAAUCUGACAGAUGAUCUUCAAACUGUAAAUAAAUGGGCUGAGUUGUGGGUGCAGACCUGGUUCCUGCAGACCUGGUUCCUGCAGACCUGGUCCUGGUCUGUCCUGUAGACUGUUACAGAACCUCUUUAUAGUUCCCUCUGUGGAGAUGGAUCCAGGACUAGCUGCUGGACUUUUCUCUCCUGUGCCUGACUGGCUGUCUGUCCAGGUGGCUGCUGGGUAAUAAGCACACGCUGUUGGUUGUCUGUUGUGUUUCCUGCGUUUGUUGCGUUUCCUGCGUUGUGUUUUUGCUUUUAGCUGUUUUAAGGAACAAACUUUGGGUUUUUGUAUUUUUGGGAUUGUCGAUAUGCACAGAUAAAAACUGUUUGAAGCUGGUGAAAAACUUUAAUAAAGUUGAAGUGCACAAACCUCAAAGUUCUCGGCUCUCUGCUCAGCUUUCAUUCAUGGAGGUCCUGGAGGUCUAACUUUAUUUCAAAGUGAGCUGCAUGUGUUUAUACCAACAGAGUCAUGUGACUGAGCAGUGAGUCAUGUGAUUGGGCAUGGUGUCAGGGGGUCAUGUGACCUGGAGGCUAAAAUUAACCCACAGCAAAUCUGAGGUCAGAUUUCAGCUGAAGAGUCGUAGCAUGGAGGACGGCUGCCGCGUUCACACAAGGCGGCUCCCAGGGGGGUGUGGCUGCAGCUCAGAGGUCGGAGGUCGUCCUGAGCUGUGACAUCACUCGGUGGACAGGAAGUGGUCAUCAUGGUGGGCGUGGUAGCGUGCGGCUCGGUGAGCUCCAUAAAGGCUCUGUGGGAGACGAGGAUCCGGAGGGUCCAGGAGGAGCAGCAGGAGGAGCAGCGGAGGAGGACGGCCGGGGGCGGGGCCACCGGCAGACUCAGUGUGUGUCUCUGGGAGGACAGGGCGGCUCUGUCUCGUCUCAAACAGAAGCUGCAGACAGAAGAUGGACGCCUCGUCCUCCGAAUCGAACAGGAGGACUGGAAGUCGCUGCCGGGCUGCCUGCUGCAGCUCACUCAGGUCCAGGAGUGGCAGAUCCACCGGACCGGACUACAGAAGAUCCCUCACUUCAUCUCCAGCUUCCAGAACCUUUUGGUUCUCGAUCUGUCACGGAACGGGGUCACAGAGAUCCCCCAACAGAUCGGUCAGCUGACUCGGCUCAGGGAGCUGAUGCUGAGCUACAACAGAGUCCAGGAGGUUCCUGAGGCGCUGAGCGGUUGCGAGAGUCUGGAGCGACUGGAGCUGGCCAUGAACCGGGACCUGAACUGGCUCCCAGACCAGCUGAGGAACCUGAAGAAGCUGCAGCACCUGGACCUGUCCAUGAACGACUUCAGCUGCCUGCACUGCGUGGUUGCGCUGCCGGCACUUGAGUGGCUCGAUAUGGGAGGGAACCGACUGCAGCACCUGCCAGACGACAUACACAGGAUGGAGACGCUGCACACUCUGUGGCUACAGAGGAACCAGCUGGAAAGACUUCCGGACAGCAUCAGCAGGAUGGAGAGUCUGGACACGCUUGUCCUCAGCAGCAACAGGCUGAGAGACAUCCCCCCGCUGAUGGAGGACAUGUCCCGCCUCAGGUUUGUGAAUUUCAGGGACAACCCUCUGACUCUGGACGUGACACUGCCCAGCAGAAAGACAGAGACAGAGGACGAGGACGAGGACGACAGAGAGAUGUUUGGACGAGAGUUUAUGCACUUUUACAUCCAGGAGGCCAGAAAGAGAGCGCACGCCGCGCUCAACGUGCACCGAGUCGGCCAGCCGAACGACUAAAUUAAUCGGGGCUCGAUAUUUCUUCUUCUUCCUGUGGGAGCUCAGUGAGAUCACAUCCAGGACUCUUUAUAUAUUUAAAUCUUCAUGUUCCUGUUUGUGAAACUGUCUGAUUCUCUAUUAAUGUUCCAUCAGCUCAUAUUUGUGUGUCGUUAUUGAUCUGAAAUCAGCUUUAAAUUCAGCCAAUCAGCUGACGGACUCAACGCAGUCAAACUCUUUAAUACAAACAAUUCAAUCCAAAAA